UCCUUGACAACCCUGGCGGGGGUGCGCUAGCUGCGGCCCCGGCUCCGGCCCCCGCGGGAGCAGAAUUUCCUUGUGACUUUCGCCCAUCCAUGCUAAUACUGUGGUUUGCAGAGUGACAACUCGCCCUCUUCAGGAUUCUUCCGAAAUGCUUCAGAAGCAAAACAAUACAUUGUGACUGAGGUCAGUGUCACAGAAGAACAAGGCCCAGACAGCAGGACAGGGGCACUGGCUGUUCCAAGGCGAUGACAGGAAGAGCCCUGUCUGUGCCCCCUGUUGCCUGGGAGAAGCCUCGCAACAGACACGGGCCACUCCAGGCCAGCACUUGUGAGCCCCGAGGAGGAAUUGGAUCGAAUUGAAAUACUUAGGUGGAAGAGGCCCCAGCAGCUGCUGAGGACCCAGUGUUCAGCAUUUUCAGCUGAAAAUCUCGGGAGCACCCCUUGAGGAAAGACAUUUUCUGCUACCACCCAGUUGGCAGGGCCUGCUUCCGAAAUCUCCCGGGGGUGUCUUCACUGCCAGUGCCCGCGCCUCCUGAAAGCCCCACUCUCUCCCUCCAGUGGUCACAGUGGAAGGAUCAUGGGAGAAACAGAAGGGAAGAAAGAGGAGGCUGAUUAUAAGCGACUGCAGACCUUCCCUCUGGUCAGGCACUCGGACAUGCCAGAGGAGAUGCGAGUGGAGACCAUGGAGCUAUGUGUCACGGCCUGUGAGAAAUUCUCCAACAACAACGAGAGCGCGGCCAAGAUGAUCAAGGAGACAAUGGAUAAGAAGUUCGGCUCUUCCUGGCACGUGGUCAUCGGCGAGGGUUUUGGGUUUGAGAUCACACAUGAGGUGAAGAACCUCCUUUACCUGUACUUCGGGGGGACCCUGGCUGUGUGUGUCUGGAAGUGCUCCUGACGCCGUCCGCACUCCGGCCCCCGGCCCUGCAGGGCCACCUCCUGCCACCCCUCGGGGAUGGGGAGCAGCCCCAGGCAGGUCCUGGUGUGUCGGAGGAGAGCCUGGGGUCUUUCCUACGAGUCUCUGAGCCACGCCCAGUGUGUGAGCGAGUGGACCUGUCUUCCCCCAGGCCCCCAGCGUGUGAAAGGGAGAGCAGCCUGUGGUCUCGAUGCAGGGGAGGGGUGGGAAAUGUGGCAGGGUAGGAGGGCGGGGAGGUGGGAGUCUUCUCCCCAGGACAUGCCAGCCCCAAGCCUGCUGUCCCCUUGCCUCCCGGGAGCCCCCUGCCCGACCACCCCCAGCACUGCUGGCAGGGGUCCACUCUCCUGGUCUUCAAUGGCCGUAGGCAGAUGGCCCCACGAGGAGCCUGUCCUCUCAGGGGACACUGGCAGCGUCUCCCCUUGUCCUCUGGAGAAAUGGUGGCCCCCUCCGGAAGCCCCUUCCCCAGUCGGACCCCAGGCUGAACAAACCACUGCAUCUCAUUGGGCCAAUCGCUCCCUAGUCCCCGGCUUUGGCGUGAGGACCCUGCAGCCUUCCCUCCCCCCUGCCCCCCGGUCCUCUGGCCACAUGAACCUUUUGUACCGCCUCCACCCCGUGCACUCGGUACCCCGGGCAGAGGGGGGUGGGCGUCACUGAGCCUCCGGCGAGGCUCCCGGGCCAGGAGUGCACAUACCAUGAGGCCUGUUUCGGCAGGGAAUCCUGGCCUGCCGGCCACUGCUCAUCAGGGACCGCAUGCUAAUUUGUACUUCUUAUCUCUGCUGGGUUUUCUAUAUUCUUUUUUGAGCGUGGGGAGAAAGGUUUUAGUAGAAGGGUGAAUCCUAUUUUACACAGCGGUCUUAUUUAUAUAAAUGUCUUGGUUUUUACAAUUAAAGUGACCAAAAACGGACCUCGAUCUACAACCUCUUGAGG